CUCUAACUGCAAACAGAGGGUUCAGUGAUCCCAAAUAUGGGGAUUCUCUGCAUCAGAUAGCUGUACUGAGCUUUUGCGCAGAACUGUUGGCAGUCACCUACUAACCAUAAUUUCUUCUUCUUCUUCUUCUUCGUCUGUAAACCGUUAUAGACGCAUGAUUGGUGGGUGCUCAGGUAUGCAUGUACAUGCAUUUUGUGUGUCUGUUGGAUCUUAAAGGUAGCCUAAACACAAAAUUUUCUUGUAUAUUUUCAGUUUACAGAUGGCUGGAUCUGCUCCUUGAUCUAGCAGGAUGGACAUAGCUACCUACUUGAUUCAAAUCACUGAUUUGCUUCCUCUGCCGGGACCUGGGGUUGAAGUUGGGAUUCUGCAUCUGGUCGGCCCUCAAUCACAUGCCAGGGAUGGCCAUGGCUUUUCCGCUUCAGAGUUUAGCUGGAUGCCCACCCAGUGCACAAGUCUCCUGAACACGAUGAGCAUGCCGUGGUCUGUCGUCUGUUCCAGCAGCAACGUUCAUACGUUGUUGUCCAUGGCUCCCGUGCAGCAGCAGCCCGAAAAUAAUGGAGAGCUGAUUCUUAGGUAUGUGAAGAAAGGAUGGGAAGAUCAUAUCAAGGACCCCGGCAGUUACUGGAAGUUCAGAGAUCAUAGGGAGCAGUGGACUCUUCAUACCAACAACUUGUCCCUGGUACCAGGUGGAAUCUGUUCUUCACAACUGCCAAUGCCGAACUAGAAGAGAUCCUCAAGGAUGACAAGACAAUCCAUCCCUUAAGAAGCUCCUCGAAGGUGACAAGCCUUCUUCGCUCAUGGAAAUCGAAGGAGAACUUACGCAGAGCAUAAUCUCCAUGGUGCAGACCACAGAAAAUGGAGAACCGAGUUGUUGACCUCGAUGCAGAGACGGAUGCAACCGCACAUGAAGGUUGUUUUAUUCAUGAUGCCUGGAAGACUUCUGAAGCGUUGUUGUCUUUGGGUGAUAAGGAAAAAAUGUGGAAGGCGAUUGAGGGCGUGUGUGUGGGUGGAGAUGCUCUGCUUCUCCUCGGCCAGUAGGUGCCGAGUUUGGAGAUAUUAUAACUAACUACGUAAGCUUAUUCAUGGAAGCUUUUUGUAAUUCGUUCAUUGUGAUGUUCCAUUUGUCCUUGUGCCAAGUUUGGAGAUGUUAUAACUAA